AUGGCGACGCAAGGGGAGGUCAAGGAGCAGGUCGUCGACCGCGUGCCUAAGCGCAUCACAGAGCUCCAGUUCGGCAUUCUCUCGAAUCAGGACAUCGUUAACCAGGCCGUCAUCGAAGUCUCCGAUCGUCAUGUGUACGAUGCCGUCGCCAACGGGCCCAACCGCGCAGUCACGAAGCAUGGACCCAUGGACGGGCGCAUGGGUAUCUCCAGCAAGAGCGCGAGCUGUGAAACCUGUGGCGAGGACUUGAAGUCUUGCAACGGCCAUUUCGGACACGUCAAGCUCGCCCUGCCCGCCUUCCAUAUCGGUUACCUUAAGAUGAUCAUCGAGGUUCUGCAUUGCAUUUGCAAGGAAUGCUCCAGCAUUCUCCUUGACGAGCCGUCACGGCAGAAGUAUGUCAAGAGUUUGCGCCGUCCCGAUCUCGACAGUUUGCAGCGCACUGCAAUCUGCAAGAAGAUUUCUGGCGAAUGCCGGAAAGUGAAGAAGUGCCCCCACUGUGGCGCAACCAAUGGUCCGGUCAGGAAGGUCGCUGGCCACCCGCUCAAGGUCGUCCAUCUCAAGUUCGAUGCAUACAACAAGUCCAAUGCGAAGAGGAAGGAAAUGCCCCGUGGCAAGCCGGAAUUCGACAAGUCGUUCGAGACUGCGAAACAGGGAAAUGGCGAGCUGGACAAGCACAUCCGGAAAGCGGUGGAUGACAUGAAUCCGCUGAGGGUGUUGAACCUUUUCAAGCGUAUCAAAACGACGGAUUGCCCGCUCCUAGGAAUGUCCAAGGGGAGACCGGAAAUGUUUAUUUGGCAAUACGUUCCUGCGCCUCCAGUGACGAUCCGCCCCUCUGUCGCACAGGAGGCCGCCACCACCGAGGAUGACAUCACCAACAAGCUCGGGGAUAUUGUGCAAAUCAGCUCGCUGAUUCGCGCGGGUCUGGCGAAGGGUCUACCCGUGCAAACGAUUAUGGAGCAAUGGGAUUUCUUGCAGCUGCAGAUUGCUCUGUACGUCAACAGUGAUGUCCCCGGUCUCCAGGCGCAGGGAGUUGGAAAGCAUAUCCGAGGAUUCUGCCAACGUUUGAAAGGCAAGCAGGGACGUUUCCGUGGAAAUCUUUCAGGCAAGCGUGUCGAUUUCUCGGGCCGCACUGUCAUUGGACCGGAUCCGAAUCUGUCAAUCGAGGAAGUCGCAGUCCCGGAGAGAGUUGCCAAGAACAUGACAUAUCCGGAGAAGGUUUCGAGAUAUAACAUCGAGAAGCUACGUGCCUGUGUCAAACGAGGAAAAUUCAAGCAUCCUGGCGCCAAUUUCGUCCUGAAGCAAGAUGGCCGCAGGCUCGUCCUUGAGAUUCUUCAGAAGCUCAAUAAACUGGAUCAGACCGCCGAACAGCUCCAAAUCGGCGACGUGGUAGAAAGACAUAUCGAAGAUGGCGACAUCGUCCUGUUCAACCGCCAGCCCUCGCUUCACAAACUCAGUAUUCUCAGCCACAAAGCCAAAAUCAGGCCUUGGAGAACAUUCCGUCUGAACGAGUGUGUCUGCAACCCGUACAACGCUGAUUUCGACGGAGACGAGAUGAAUUUGCACGUUCCACAGACUGAAGAGGCUCGCACAGAAGCUAUCGAGCUGAUGGGCGUCAAGAACAAUCUGGCCACGCCGAAAAACGGAACGCCUAUCAUCGCAGCCAUCCAGGACUUCAUCACCUGCGCCUUUCUGACUUCCAGAAAAGAUCUGUUCUUGGACCGUAAGACUUUUGCCCUCAUGUGCAGCUACAUGUUCAACGGCGACUCCGUAAGGGAUCCGGAGACGGGCAAGUACCACAAGAUCGAUCUUCCCCCGCCCGUGAUCAUGAAGCCCCAGAUGCUCUGGACCGGCAAGCAAGUAUGGAAUGUUCUCAUGCGUCCAUACAAGGAAUCCAAGGUGCUUGUCAAUCUUGACGCAGCAUGCAAGCAGUACAAGGGCAAAAUGAAGGACCUUAACGAAGAUGACGCUUGGCUCGUGGUCCGGAACUCCGAGGUCAUGUGCGGUGUCAUGGACAAGUCCACCGUUGGUGACGGCAAGAAAGACUCAGUGUUCUAUGUCAUGAUGCGUGACUUCGGCCCCGACUACGCUGUACAGGCUAUGAACCGUCUGGCGAAGCUUUCGGCACGCUGGUUGACAAAUCGCGGCUUCUCCAUUGGCGUUAGCGACGUCACGCCUGGCAGGAAGCUCGUUGAAAGGAAGACAAAACUCAUCCAGGACGCUUAUGUUGAGGCCAAGAAGAUCGUCGAUCUCUACAACACUGGAAAACUGGAGCGGGAUGCUGGCUGCGACGAGGAACUGACCAUGGAGAACAAGAUUUCCGGUGUCCUCAAUAAGGUCCGUGGCGAGGCAGGUGACAUUUGUUUUUCGGAACUCACCCAGUGGAAUUCACCACUUAUCAUGGCCAAGUGCGGUUCCAAGGGUUCCAACAUCAACGUUGCUCAGAUGGUUGCUUGUGUCGGACAACAGAUUAUUGGUGGUGCACGUGUGCAAGAUGGUUUCCAGGAUCGUACACUUCCACACUUCGCCAAGGGCGGCCGCCUGCCCGAUGCGAAAGGUUUCGUGGCGAACAGCUUCUACUCGGGCCUGACUCCCUUCGAGUUCAUCUUCCACGCCAUGUCUGGCCGUGAAGGUCUGGUCGAUACUGCAGUCAAGACUGCAGAAACUGGUUACAUGUCACGUCGUCUCAUGAAGUCCUUGGAGGACCUUUCCGCCCAAUUUGACGAUACGGUCAGGAACUCUGCCUCGCAAAUUGUACAAUUCAGGUAUGGAGACGACAACCUGGAUCCCGUGGACAUGGAGGGCAAGGCCAAGCCUGUGAAUUUCAAUCGCUCUUUCGACCACGCUAGGACGACUACCUGGGAUAAUGACGAACGUGGACUGCUGCCCGAGGAGAUACGUGAGAUUACCAAAGCGCGACUUGAUGCCAAGCGAAGGGAAAUCCAGCGAUACUCCGAGACGGGCCAAGAGCUAAAGUUCAUCGAAGACAAUCUCGACUACGUCGAUCAAAAGGAGUCGAAGCGUAACUUCUACGAUGAAGUCCAGGGGUUCAUUCUCGGCAAGGCAGCCGACCUGGAAAGACUUACGACUCGCUUCGUCGAGGUCCAAGAAGACAACAGGCAGAAGGGAGAGGCCAUUGCAGAUGACGUGGGCUUCUCCAACAUUGUCGAUGGUGUUUCUAAGAUCUCACGUCGCUGCUUGGAAUAUUUCCUGGACCUUUGCCUCACCAAGCAUGCCCAAUCGCACGUCCAGCCCGGUCACGCUGUGGGUGCCGUUGGUGCCCAGUCCAUCGGUGAGCCCGGAACGCAGAUGACGCUUAAGACUUUCCAUUUCGCUGGUGUCGCCGGUAUGAGCAUCACGCAAGGUGUGCCGCGUAUCAAGGAAAUCAUCAACGCCUCCAAGGUCAUCAGCACACCCAUCAUCACUUGCGAGUUGGAGAACAAGCAUGACGUGCGUGCUGCUCGCUUGGUCAAGGCCCGUAUCGAGAAGACAUACCUAAAGGAUAUCACUCAUUACAUCGAAGAUGUCUGGUACAACGAUGGAAACUACCUCAACAUGCGCAUCGACUGGGAUACCGUCAAUGCUCUCGGUUUGGAGCUCACCAAAAAUGAUUUGGAGCUUGCUAUUCUCAAGGCACCCAAGCUCAAAAUUGGCACAGACUAUGGCAGGGUCGAAUUCUUCAGCAACCAUAUACGCAUCUACGUCCCUGAUUUGAGCGAUCCUCAAAGCGAAAAGCAUAAGAAGCUUGCCGCAACCCGCUCUGCGGCCUCGAAGGCCAAGAACUCGACUGACGAUGCUUAUUUCGCUCGCAUUCAGAUGUUGAAGCGCGCGAUACCAGAGAUCGCCAUCAAGGGCUAUCCAGAGGCCACGCGUGCCAUCAUCAAGAAGGAAGACAACGAGCAAGAGGACAUAUCGCUAAUCGUCGAAGGUUAUGGGCUGAAACUCAUCAUGGCAACACCUGGUGUGAAGGGCACGCACACGUAUACCAACUCCGUUCUCGAGAGCUUUGCCGUGCUGGGCAUCGAGGCAGCGCGCUCGACCAUCAUCAAAGAAAUCGCCUCCGUCAUGGGCUCCAUGGACAUUGAUCCGCGCCACAUGCAGCUUCUUGCCGACGUCAUGACCUACAAGGGCGACGUCCUGGGCAUCACGCGCUUCGGCCUCGCCAAGAUGCGCGAUUCUGUCCUGCAGCUUGCUUCUUUCGAGAAGACGCCGGAUCAUCUGUUCGAGGCCGGUUACCGCGGCAAGAGCGACGGCGUGCAGGGUGUGUCCGAAUGCAUCAUCCUUGGCCAGAGCAUGAGCAUCGGCACGGGCAGCUUCAAGGUCGUUCGGAAGCUGAACCUCUCGCAGGACGACGUGGGAAGGAAGGGUGACGCGUUCGAGGGUCUGUUCAGCUGGUAG